AUGCUUACGUUUGAGCCCUCGUCUGCUCCACCCUGCCCCUUCCCAUCGCCAUCACUUCAGCGUCCCGUCGUCGAGCCUUCGCCAUCCCGUCGCCCUUCCUUCGCCAUCUCGUCGCCCUUCCUUCGCCAUCCCGUCGCCCUUCCUUCGCCGUCCCGUCGCCCUUCCUUCGCCAUCCCGUCGCCCUUCCUUCGCCGUCUCGUCGCCCUUCCUUCGCCAUUCCGUCGCCCUUCCUUCGCCGUCUCGUCGCCCUUCCUUCGCCAUCCCGUCGCCCUCCGCCUUCGCCAUUUCUGUUUCCCGUCGCCCGCAUUCCCCCUUCCCAUCGCCCGCCGCUUCCCUUCCCGUCGCCCGCAUUCCCCCUUCCCAUCGCCCGCCGCUUCCCUUCCCGUCGCCCGCAUAUCCCCUUCCCAUCGCCCGCCGCUUCCCUUCCCGUCGUCCGCAUAUCCCCUAACCCAUCGCCCGCCGCUUCCCUUCCCGUCGCCCCCAUUCCCCCUUCCCAUCGCCCGCCGCUUCCCUUCCCGUCGCCCACACUCCCCCUUCCCAUCGCCCGCCGCUUCCCUUCUCGUCGCCCGCAUAUCCCCUUCCCAUCGCCCGCCGCUUCCCUUCCCGUCGCCCGCAUAUCCCCUUCCCAUCGCCCGCCGCUUCCCUUCCCUUCGCCCGCAUAUCCCCUUCCCAUCGCCCGCCGCUUCCCUUCCCUUCGCCCGCCGCUUCCCUUCCCGUCGCCCGCUUUUCCCCUUCCCAUCGCCCGCUUUUCCCCUUCCCCUCACCCCAUUUCCCCCUUCCUCACUCUCCUGCCCCCUUCACUCACCCCAUUUCCCUCCUCCUCAUUCUCCUUCCCCCUUCACUCACCCCAUUUCCCCCCUCCGCACUCUCCUUCCCCCUUCACUCACCCCAUUUCCCCCUUCCUCACUCUCCUUCCCCCUUCACUCAUCCCAUUUUCCCGCUCUUCACUCUCCUUCCCCCUUCACUCAUCCCAUUUUCCUGCUCCUCACUCUCCCUCCCCCUUCACUCACCCCAUUUCCCUCCUCCUCAUUCUCCUUCCCCCUUCACUCACCCCAUUUCCCCCCUCCGCACUCUCCUUCCCCCUUCACUCACCCCAUUUCCCCCUUCCUCACUCUCCUUCCCCCUUCACUCACCCCAUUUCCCCCCUCCUCAUUCUCCUUCCCCCUUCACUCACCCCAUUUCCCCCCUCCGCACUCUCCUUCCGCCUUCAGUGUUGUGGCUUUACCACUCCCCGGUAUAUUGCAUGCAGUGUAG